UAUGAUUCCCAAGGACAUACUCUCUAAAGGCAGUCUCUGACUUGAAUCCAGCACAGUGACUCAAUAGAACUCUGCUCUGCCAUGAAGUCGCUUGUUCUUUUCCUCUUGGGCGUCAUCUUCCUGGAUCAGUGUGGAGUUCAAGGAACCCUAAUAAUAAGGAAUCAGCGUUGCUCCUGCAUCAGCACGAGCCAAGGCACGAUCCACUACAAAUCUUUAAAAAGCCUCAAACAAUUUGCCCCAAGCCCUAAUUGCAACAAAACUGAAAUCAUCGCUACACUGAGGAAUGGAGGUCAAACCUGCCUGGACCCAGAUUCGGCAAAUGUGAAGAAGCUGAUGAAAGAAUGGGAGAAACAGGUCAGCCAAAAGAAGAAGCAAAAGAGGGGGAAAAAACAUCAAAAGAACAAGAAAACCCGAAAGGCUAAGCCCCAACGUCGUCCUUCGAAGAAGACUACUGACGUGCUCCGUGUUUAAGUGGUUUUCCAUCUUAGCGGAAUGCCUUCACUGGGGAGCACCCUUUACCGCAUAAGCUCAUUAACUUGGCUAGAAGAUGUAAAGCAUGAUUUUGAAAUUAUAACCAACGCUACAAAGUUAAUUGUAGAACCCAAGUAGUAAAAAUUGAUAGAGGCAAAAAAAACGUCUUUGUUCUACUUAGCCAACAAAAUUUCGUCAAGCUAUUGAGCACAGUCAUGAUAAUAUCAAAUAUGGGCAAGUGUCCACGCAUACUUAGCCAAUGCACAACAGCUGUCUGGCUUCUAGACCACACAUUGCAGCUUCCGGAGUCUUCUGAGGCCCAUGUCAGGAAGCUCUCGGCCUGUCUGUCUGCUGGUGAGCUGGACCUCUCCAAGCUGGUGUGGCCAUCGGUGGCUGGCAUGUGGGUCAGCCUGCAGGCCCCACGCCAAGUGUGUCUCAGAGAUCAGUGCGAAAGGGUUUUGGGUUCCAUGGUGGAGAUCAUCAGGCUUGGCUUUCUGAACCUUCCAUGUAGCUUUUGAGUCCAUGUGAUUUCAUUGUUCACUUGAUCCCCUCUUCAAGUCAUCUUUCAAGUUUUGCUUCUUAACUAAAACUCUCCUAGAGGGUUGUGGGCAUAGCCUAAUGGUAGAGGGUUUGCCUUGCAUGGACAAGGCCCUGGAGUUGAUCACAGUGCAAAACCUUAACCAUUUUUUUUUUUUUAAGAUUUUUCUGGCUACUCAAAUCCUCUUAAAUCUCUUUCGCUUGUUUCUCAGUGCUUCAUGACUAAUGAUUUCUGUUAUCUAAUUGCUUCUGUGUGUUUAUUUCUCUCUUUCUAAUGAGAUUCAUUUUUGUUUUGUUUUUUGAGAACAGGCACCAUGGAUUACUCCACUAAAUCUUCCAUGAUGUCUACAAGAACUUGGUUUUGAAUAAUUUCCUAAUUGAAUGUGUAAGAAGUAGAAAGGCCAUCAGACACGAGGCACUGGCCAAUUCCUGGCUACUCCAUAUUGCAUAACUCUAACCAUCGGUCUGCUUGCUUGCUUACUUUUUUUUUUUUUUAAGACAGGGUUUCUCAACUGGCUUUCCUAACACUCACUAAAUAGUCAAGGCUGGCCUUGAACUCACAUAUAUCUGCCUUCCACUGCCUCCUGAAUACCGGGAUUAAAUGUGUAUACCUGCUUGCAUGCUCGUCUGACUUCCUUUUUUUUUUUCUUUCCUUCCUUCUAUCCUUCCUUCCUUGCUUUUUAAAACUACCUAUCUUUCUUAUUAUCAUCAGGCAUCUUCAAUGCACAGCCAGAAUGAAAGCAUAGCCUGACCUCGUGACAGGAUGCUAACAUCUUUAACAAAUAGGAACCACAUGUAUAAGACAUUUGUGAGUAUACAGGACAUCUAGAAACCCAUAACCUUUCCCCACUCAAAACAAAAAUUCCUCUAAUACCAUAAGAAUGGUCUCAAGAGAUCAGCACAAGCCUUCUACGAGUCAACAAAAUAGCUGCCAGAUCCUUUAACAGGUUCAUCUUAGGCGAAUAUGAAUUUCAUUAUGGCCUUCCCUCAUUGCACAAUUCCCAGAGUCUUAUGAUAUCAAUGGACACAUCAGAAAAGGAGUGCUAAGAUAGCAAGAUUGGGGCUGGAGAGGUGGGUGGCUCUCUAGAGGACCAAAGUUCCAAACUGGGGGCUCACAACCACCUGUGGCUCCAGCUCCAGGGGAUCAGCUUCUCUCUCCCCCUUUGUGAGCAUUGCACGAUGUACGCAGGCCCACACUCCGACAUAACACACACGUAAUUUAAAAAUCAAAAUGAAAUCAUCACAGGAAUACUGUUAGAGGGAACCAAGAGCUACAGGAAACAGUAAAUUCUGUUAGUGGAAGCAUGCAUGGGGCCCGAGUUAGCCUCUGUGAGGGUUGGAAACUGGACCUUAGAGAAGAGGUCUAAUGAGCUAAAUAGAAAAGCAUGUCUCUGGCCAGAAAUCCAGCCUCCACUCACGUACUUCCUCAAAUAUUAGCAUUCCUCCUGCUGCAGAUGGUUUUGUGUGCUGCUGGUGGGAAUUCCAUCCAAACAGCAUUAUAUAGUGACAAAAGUGGCCAGUUCCCUCCAGGAAAAGAAAAUCUAAAAAUGAUCCCUAACGAGUCAGCUGGUGGCCCUUGCAUCUGACUGGGUACUGAGCAUAACUACUAGCCAGAGACUCUGUAUAUUCACUAAGUAACUAUGAUUGAGAUGUAUCAUUUUUGUAUAGUAGUCUUCAUAUAUAUGUGUGUGUGUGUGUGUAUAUAUAUACACAUACAUAUAUAUAUAUAUAUAUAUAUAUACUCUAAUUCUUAAUUGAAAACUAAUUGGCAUAUAUGCUUUGGAGCUAUUUUGUGAAAGAUUAGUGAUAUCAAUAAAAGUCCACUAAUCCCAAAA